GGUACCGCUGACGGAUGCUAGAGAGCGCCACUGAGUCGUCAUCUCUGCCGUUGAACUGGGAGAGUGCACGGAGCGUCAGUACCAGACUGUGAGCAGCACGGAUCAGUGUUAGAGAGAGAGGGAGAGGGAGGAACGAAUCUGUCGAUACAUGCCGCCGCCGUUGCUGCUGGUACCUUACGGAACAUUGUAACGCAUCGGUCCUCACGGAAAACGGCCAAAUAUAUCGGUUUCUUCACGCAGGACGGAAUUUACACGAUGUACCGUUCGGGAGGCGUGAUGCUGGCGCUUCUCGCGGCUCUGCAGGUGGCAAUCCAGGGCACAGGGGCGAUGCUGUGUCAGCCUGGUUUCGCUGAGAAAGAGUACAACGUCGUGAUGGGUGAUGUCAUUGUCGAGGGACAAGUUCUCCUCAAAGUGGAUUUCGUGGACUGUGGCAGAGGUUCCGGCUUGCGCUUCGAGAGCGGAGACCCUGCAGAUUUUCGGAUAGAGGCAGAUGGCACCGUAUUCGCCGCACGAACCCUGCUGCUCUCCGACAGGAAGGGGCGAGGCUUGGAGAUUAAGGCCAAGGACGUGAAAUCUCAGGAGCAGUGGCUGGUUCACGUAAACUUCACCCAGCCCAAGCAGCUACCAGAGAUAGUGUUUCCGAAGCACAGUGUGGUUGUCAUGGGCGACGGCAGUGUGAAUCGUGUGAAAAGAGACUGGGUCAUUCCACCUGUCAACGUGCUCGAGAAAUCUAGAAAACAAUUCCCAGAAGAGCUAGUCAAAAUCCAGUCAGAUAGAGAUAAGACUAACACGCUGCGGUACAGCGUGACCGGGCCAGGUGCCGACCAAAACCCCAAUGGUCUGUUUAUCAUCGACGCCAUUUCAGGAAUCCUGUCCGUUACCAAGCCGCUGGACAGGGAACAUAUCCCCAACUUCCAUCUACGCGCUCAUGCCGUGGACAUUAACGGGAACCAGAUGGAGAACCCCAUCGACAUCAUCAUCAACGUCAUCGACAUGAACGACAACAGGCCCGAGUUCGUGCAUCAGAUCUGGAAUGGAACCGUAGAUGAGGGCGCCAAACCAGGUACUUUUGCGAUGACAGUGACGGCCCAGGAUAAAGAUGAACCAAAUACAGCCAAUGGUAUGCUCAGAUACAAGAUUUUGUCCCAGACGCCAGAAAGUCCCUCCUCAAGUAUGUUCACUAUCAACAAUAAGACUGGCAAAAUCAUCACUGUAGCUGCCGGCCUGGACAGAGAGAAGGUGCCUCAGUACACCCUGAUUAUUCAGGCCACUGAUAUGGAGGGAAACCCCAUGUACGGGCUGUCCAACACUGCUACUGCCGUCAUACGGCUGAUGGAUGUCAAUGACAACGCUCCAGAGUUUACCCGCGAGACUUACCACGGCGAAGUCCCUGAGAACCGUGUGAAUGUGAUAGUGGCAAAUCUCACAGUGACAGACAAAGAUGAACCGGGGACUCCGGCCUGGAAUGCUGUGUACCGAGUCGUAUCUGGAGAUCCGACCGGACGCUUCUCCAUCCCCACUGACCCCGUCACCAAUGAAGGUCUUGUCACUGUCGUCAAGCCAAUUGACUUUGAGAUGAAUCGAUCAUUCAUGCUGACUGUCGUGGCUGAUAAUGAGGUGCCACUGGUGAGCGGGAUCCAUCGCACACGCCAGUCAACUGCCACCGUGUCCAUACGCGUCAUCGAUGUGAACGAAAGCCCAAACUUCGAACCCAACCCCAAACAGAUCAAACUGGAAGAGGGUCUUCCACAGUGGUCGACUUUGGCGACUUUUACGGCACACGAUCCAGACAGAUACAUGCAGCAGAGUAUUAGGUACUCCAAGUUGUUUGACCCCGCCAGUUGGCUGGAGAUUGACCCCAACAGUGGCCGAAUUUCUACUAUUGCGGUUCUGGACCGAGAAUCUCCCUACGUCAGAAACAACCUCUACAAAGCCACAUUCAUGGCCUCUGACAACGGUGUCCCACCCGCGAGCGGGACAGGAACUCUGCAGAUUUACCUGCUGGAUAUUAACGACAACGCUCCUCGAGUCUUCCCCCAGGAAGCAGAAGUCUGCGAGCGUCCGGAGCCCAACGCCAUCAAUAUCACAGCAGUAGAUGGAGAUCUCAACCCAAACGCUGGGCCCUACGCCUUCGACCUGCCCAACCGACCCUCCGAUAUCCGCAGGAACUGGACGCUCACCCGAAUCAGUGGUGAUCAUGCUCAGCUAAGUCUUAAGAUCAGUUACCUGGAAAGCGGAAUAUAUGAGGUGCCCAUUAGCAUCACAGACUCGGGCAACCUGCCCAUGUCCAACACGACCUUCCUGCGCAUCAAAGUGUGCCAGUGUGAUCACCAUGGCGACUGCGUGGACAUGGAACGCAUCAUGGCCGCCGGGCUAGGCACUGGAGCCAUCAUCGCCAUACUCAUCUGCAUCAUCAUUCUGCUCGUGCUGGUGUUGAUGUUUGUGAUGUGGAUGAAGAGACGAGAUAAAGAGAGACAGGCCAAGCAGCUCCUGAUCGACCCAGAGGAUGACGUGCGAGACAACAUUCUCAAAUACGACGAGGAAGGCGGUGGAGAGGAAGACCAGGACUACGAUCUGAGUCAGCUGCAGCAGCCCGAUACUCUGGAGCCAGACAUGAUCAAGCCCGUCGGGAUCCGCCGUCUGGACGAGCGGCCCAUGCACUCCGAGCCCAACUACCCCAUCCGCUCGGCCGCGCCCCACCCCGGAGACAUCGGAGAGUUCAUCCACGAGGGUCUAAAGGCAGCUGACACGGACCCCACGGCCCCUCCGUACGACUCCCUGCUGGUCUUUGACUACGAGGGCAGCGGCUCCACGGCCGGAUCGCUCAGCUCCCUUCAUUCCUCCAGCAGCGGAGGCGACCAGGACUAUGACUACCUCAACGAAUGGGGCCCCCGCUUCCGCAAACUCGCCGACAUGUACGGAGGCAACGACGACUAGCUCACGCCAUCACCGCAGGACCAGAGACGGAGGAAGGACGGAGAUAGUUCAAAGAAAACAACAUCAAAAAAACAGUGCGGCACUUUUUUUUUUAAUCGCGGGGCGUGGACAGUGUGCAGAAUCAAAACAAUGAAGAAACCAAUAUACCCUAGAGAGAAUAAAGACACAGAAACGAAGAGAAAGGAAGUGGAAGGAAGAUCACCAUGGCAACAAAACCAGGUCUCUCCGAAGCCCUCUGUUAUAGAUAGAGGGGGCCUAAUGAAGGAAAUGUGACUUGUUUCGGUUCAGUCCAGGAUUUUUUUGCCCAAAUUUGAAGGAUUAUCGGUACGAACGCUAUGAAGGAACACUUGAAGGACGUUAAAAUGAAUGCUAAGUUACACUUGAAUCUCACAGUACAGAAGCACUGGGAUAUUACGUGCCUUUUUGUACAUUUUUCUUUUGUUUUUACAUUUUUCUUUCUUCCUUUUGGUCCUUGUUUAUUUGAUCAGAUGUUUUUCUGUUCAGCGGCUUUGAUGGCUCAGAGUUUUGGAGUGUUCUUGUCGUGAGCCCGUUUAUGAUGUUUAUGCUUCUACACGCUUUUGUUUGCGUUUCUCACCGUCACGCUGUUCGUUCACGUCACAAAGACUUUGGGAGAACAAGAACGUUUAGAGAGAACAGCUUUGUACAGUAUGCUAGAAAAUAGAUUUCAGUUUAUUGUUUUUAUUGGGGUUUCCUUUUUUAUAUCCAUACUUUUUCCACCAAAACGUUAACUUAUGCAGGCCAAUUGCAAAUGAGAGAUAAACAUCAGAAUUCUUUGGUAGCAGAACUCGUCGUUUUGUUCUUUUAUUUUCUCUCUUGGCAUUUUUUGAAGUGAUUUAGUAUUUUGCAAAGAUGAAAACAUUCUGUUUUUUCAAAUGUCAUCUGCCUUAGUCAUCCUGGUAUUCUUUCAUGCCUGGUAUUUCAUUUUUUACUCCACUGUAAAUUAAAUGGUGUGUACAUAGUUUUUUGUUUUGUUUUUCCUCUUUUGAUGUAGUCUAUGAAGAAGAACAGGGCGUGAAGAACUUGUAUAUGUACAAUUUGGACUACAGACAAAAUGAUUUUUGCAUGUUUUUAUCUUUUCCGUAUAAAACAAGUCUUUCUGAACUUUAUUUACACACAAAUAAAGAAAUGCCCACCAAUAAGGAGA